ACUAGUUCCCUGUUCCAGUGGAGUUACUGGGACAACUGGUGUCGGAAGUGACUUCAUUCUUCUGGAAAGAGAUGGGAGAAACUCGGGAGAAGUGAGAGAAGAAGCGGCGGCGGCCCGGGGCGUCAGGUUUUCGGACCAGUUAGCAGGCGUCUCCUUCCUGCUAAGCAGGGAGUGUCUUCCUCUCGCACCCUCCCACCACGGCGGCACACGUGAAGCCCACUGUGUGCAGAGUCAUUGUCUAUCUGCAGCGAGAGAUGUCCGGCGACACUUGUCUGACGGCUAUGUGCCCCGCUUCGGGGGCCAAACCUAAAACCUACAGCUUCAGAGGGGGCUGCCUUGGGAACAAAUACGUGCGGCUGAACGUGGGAGGAUCUUUGUACUACACCACAGUGCAGGUCCUGACGAGACAUGACACUAUGCUGAAGGCAAUGUUCAGCGGCCGGAUGGAGGUUCUGACAGACAAGGAAGGCUGGAUCCUCAUUGACCGUUGUGGAAAACAUUUUGGGAGCAUUUUAAACUAUCUUCGAGACGACACCAUUGCUCUUCCAAAGAACAGACAUGAGAUCAAGGAAUUAAUGGCAGAAGCCAAGUAUUACCUCAUCCAGGGCUUAGUAGACAAGUGCCAGGCAGCAUUACAGGAUAAGAAUGAAUCAUACGAGGCUGUAUGUAAUAUCCCUAUCAUCACAUCUCAAAAAGAAGAAGAGAAGCUGAUUGAAUCAUCUGCCAAGAUAGUGAUCCAACCAGAUGCUAGGUGUCCAGGAUGUUUGGAGGAGCCUGCUGACCGUAUGCACAUGAUAAGGAAAUGUACAAAGCCCGUGGUCAAGCUCUUGUAUAACAGAAGUAACAACAAAUACUCGUACACCAGCAACUCUGACGACAACCUUCUGAAAAAUAUUGAGCUGUUUGACAAGCUUUCCCUUCGCUUCAACGGGCGAGUCUUAUUUAUGAAGGAUGUGAUUGGAGACGAGAUCUGCUGCUGGUCCUUCUACGGUCAGGGGCGGAAGCUGGCAGAGGUCUGCUGCACCUCCAUUGUGUAUGCCACUGAAAAGAAGCAAACAAAGGUUGAAUUUCCUGAAGCGCGGAUUUAUGAAGAAACCCUGAAUGUCCUCCUUUAUGAGACCCCACGAGUCCCAGACAACUCUCUACUGGAAGCCACAAGCCGUACACGCAGCCAAGCAUCUCACAGUGAAGAUGAUGAGGGUUUUGAACUCCGAGACCGCGUUCGUCGCAUUCAUGUGAAAAGAUACAGCACGUAUGAUGACAGACAGCUCGGGCACCAGUCUGCAUACAGGGACUGACUCUCUACAGCAUGAACGCGGUGAAGUUCUCUUUUGGCUUGUGACUUUUUCUUCUUUUUUUUUUUUAGGCUAAAGUCGUCUUAUAGAAGAAAGCUAGUCAGCAAUUAUAACUUCAAAGACCUGUGUAUGACGUUAUCCGUCAUCCAGUGUAAAGGUCUGAUUGCAUGACUUCAAAUUUUGGAUAUUGGAGCCAAUUCUAUUUUUUAGCACAAUAUUUAAUCUAGGAGUCAAAUGUCUUACUAGGAAGCUAUCCAUUAUCCACUACAAGGCCUUUCUGCAUCCUAUGACCUCGAAUGGGGUGACUAUUACAUUUUUGGGGAUACGUAAGCUGAUCAUCUAAGUAUCUUUGCUUUCUUCACCUUCAGAAGCAGACAUCCAGCAUAGGAGGGGAAAUGACCAGAUUAUCCUAUUCUGAGUGACUGGUGGCUUAAAGGGGUUCCAUAAUCAACACUUUAAGUGGCACAUUGUUGUUGGUUCGGUAGCUGGGACCCCCACUGCGCACAAGAAAUGGGGACCUGUGUGCCCUGUAGGAAUAAAGCACAGUCAUGGCUUAUGUAUGCUGAGCUCCAUUUAAAGUCUAUGGGACUGACUGAGAU